GUGCUCUACGAAAUUUACUCGUUUUAAUUUAUAUUAAUUUAAUAAAUAUAGAAUAACUUGUAUACUGAAUGAGUGUUAUAAAACCACAGUUAAAUAAAUUAGCAGCCAUGUCGUACACACUAAUACGGCAAUUACGCCAUACGGCUAUAUUAUCACAGCAAAUUAGAGUUGAAAGUACCAUGACCAAUCUAACCCAGGAAGCGAUUCUAUUUCGACCUCCAUUUACACAAUUCGCCAAAGUUAUAAGAGAAGCAGAGAAAAUAGUUGGAUAUCCAACCUCUUUUAUGAACCUACGGUGGUUAUUGAGUGAUGAAUUUGCCAAUUUAGCGAUGCAUUUGCGAAAAGUUGUUGACACAAAUCAUCCCAUCAUUAAAACUGCGAAAUCUGUGAUAUACAAUGAACAUAAUAACCUACAACCAUGGGGCCUCAUAAUCUUGCUACUAUCCAAAGCCGUAAAUCCUCCAGUAACAAACAUACAGACAUCAAAAAUCACAGACAACCAAAGAGUACUAGCUGAACUAACAGAGAUGAUACGAACUGGUCAUUACGUACACCGAGGCUUACUAAAUAUAAAAGUAUCAGAACGAUCAACUGUAGCUGAUACAACAAUAUUUGCAAAUAAAAUAGCUAUACUCAUUGGUGAUUACUUACUCGUAACUGCAAAUGGUAUGUUGGCAAGGUUACGGAACCAAGAUUUAUCGUAUUUAAUAUCAACUGCUUUAAGAGAUUUGAGCGAAGGAGAAUUCUUUGGUGAUCGAGACGCACAGAACAUGCCAUUACCAGGGAAACCUACGAGUAAUCCGUUGGAUUUGUUCCCUAUUUGCACAGACACCAUACCUUUAGAUGUGACAAAUACAUUGGGAUCCCCAGUCCGGGAGUGGACGUUACGAACUAUGUAUAGUGGUGGUUCCCUGUUCGGUCGGGGUUGUCAAGGGGCUGUACUACUUGGAGGCCGAAGCUCAGAGGAACAGGAUUUAGCGUAUCUGUUCGGUAGCCAUUUAUGCCUUGCAUGGCAGGCUGCGAACGAAUUACAGAAGUUAACGUCCGAGACUAAAGAGAGUUAUUCAUUAGUGAGUGCACCAGUGCUCUUCGCUUUGUGUGAAAAUCCGGAUUUAUAUGAUAUAAUUGCAAAAGGUAAGGAGAAUAUAACAGAUGUAGAUUUAGAUGACUUAAAGGAGGAGAUAAUUAGAACAGAUGCUAUUGAACGAACCAGGCUCUUAUAUAUUGAAAAUGCCAAUAAAGCAAAGAGUUACGCUGAAAUGUUUGGUAACAGCGAACCUAUAGACACAAUAAAACGACUAAUAGAAACUAUAUAAUAAUAUAAGAAAUAACUAUAUUUAUUAGUUUGAUUGAAGGAAUGGAACUCUUUAUAUAUUGGGAUAGAUCAUUAAGAAUUUUUUAUUGAAAUUUGUUAAUUAUUUUUAUAGACCUUGUGUGUGUAAUCCUUUGGAUUAAAAGUAAAAAAUAUCUAUUAAAUGACAAAGUAUGUUGAUAAUAGAGAAUAGAAGGAUAACCAAGGUCUAGUGUUGGGCUAUCAGCAAAAGUAUUAGAUAUAUAGGUACCUAAGUAGUAAAAUAUAACUGAAGGACAACAGAUUAUGCCAUUAUAAGUUCCUAUUGAAAAAUAUGUAAAUACAAAUUAUAUCAAUGCACAUACUAAAAUAAUUUCAGACUAGAAUUAUUUAAAAAAAUGCAAAUAAUACUGAGACAAUACAUGUAUAUAGACAUAUGUAUUGCUUGAUCUGAAUCUGGAUAUCCAGAACAUACUAUUAAUAUAUCAAAGAUCUCCGAAAAACUCCAAAAUCUCGACAAUGUGAUUAUUAGCCUAUAUAAAUAAUUAAAUUAUUGGUGAUAAAUAAAUAUAUUUAAUUAAAAUGGUUAAUAAUAAAAUUUGAA